ACAUUGUAAAGAUGUAUGGCCGGCGGAACAGCUGAUGGCCUGCUGUUGUUGUCUUGCCGUGAUGAAGGAAAGCCGAUUUUAGUCCGAUUAUCAAUUUUACUUUUUGUCAAUCCGUGGAAGGAAUAUAGUAAGACCAUGGCUCUCAGAACCCUUGGACUAGCUCUGUCCAGGAUGAGUCUUGCACCUGCUUUGCCCAGAGGCGUCCCAGCUCUGCGCGCGCCCACAUUCACGCCCGUGCAGACUCGCCUCCCUCCCGCAGCCGCCCGUGCCGCAAGCACAACCUGCGGCGUCUCUUCGAGUUGGACCUUCACCUCCUUUGCCGCACGCACGCCCCCCUCCCCCUCCUCCUCCUCCUCCUCCUGCUUGGUGGGGAAGACCCUGGCGGUGCAGGCAAGGCAGCUGGCGACGUCGCAGCCCACGAAGGCGUCGCUGCGGCAGAUGCACAAGACCGGCCCCGUCAGGAAGAAGAGGAAGAACAAGAACCCGCUGGGGAAGAAGGCGUUCGCGCGCGGGGUGGUGCUCAAGACGCUCAUCAAGAAGCCCAGGAAACCGAACUCGGCCAACCGGAAGUGCGUGUUGGUGCGCCUGUCGACCGGCCGGGAGAUGGUGGCCUACGUCCCCGGGGAAGGCCACAACCUGCAGGAGCAUAACAUUGUCCUCGUGCGACCUGGCAGGCUGCAGGACGUCCCGGGUGUGAAGGUCCGCUGCAUCAGGGGCAAGUACGACCUGCAGCACGUGAUCAAGAAGAAGGCGUAGAAGAGGCGAGGGAGAGAGAGAGAGAGAGGAAGAGAGAGGGAGAGAGGGUAAGAGGCGAGGGAGGUCGUCGACGUGGAUCGCGCGAGGAAUGUGGAGAGAAAGGGGAAAAUAUUGGUGGAAUAAUAAGGAUGGAUAUGAAAAUAGAGGGAUAAGUAGAUGGAAAUGAAUAAAUGGAUGUAUAAAUAUAAGUGAAUAGAUAGAUAAAAUCGAUCAAUGAAUAUGAAGGAAUAAAUUAUUCAGUCAGAACAUAAAGAUGAAUAAAAAAAUAAAAAUAAAAACGAAGAAAAAUUCGUUGAUUAAUUAGAUAUAUAAGUAAAUGAAUAAAUAAAGAUUAUCCACACGAACUGAACACCGAAAUGAAACGGUUUGAACAUCGCCCAAGUGUUCAGAUGUUGAAUGCAAGUGCAGUGCAAUAAUCAUCGCUCAAGACCGUCAGCUGAUGCACAGGAGAUCCAAAAACAGAUGUCAAACCCGGCUUGUUGUUCUGGGAUUUAAAUGCUGCCUCGGAUGUAUAUAAUAAAGCCUAGAAUUUUUUCAGA